AUGAGAAUGCUGGAGUUCUUCUGGCUGGGGCGAAGAAUAUUGGUGAUGUCUCGAUCACAGUGUAUGGACAUUAGAGAUGGUUUGGCUUGUGUUGCUCCUAAGGGUUGGCGUAAGAUCAUGGUUGAGGGGGACUCCAAACUUGUGAUUGACUCAGUUUUGAAGCGUUGCUCUGUUCCUUGGUGUAUCGCCUCAGCUCGUUCAAGAUAUCUUGCUUUUCACGUGUAG